GUUAAUUUCACAUACGUCAAGACACACCAAACAUGAACAGACGAGGCUACCUUUCUGUAGUCAUCGGUUUAGUAAUAAUGGCAUCUGCUAUUUUUCUUGCAGAAUGUCAAAAUACGACCGCGGCCACGGGAGAAUCGACCACUUCAUCGUCGCCGUCGACUGCGAUCCCGACCACGGUAAAAUCGACCACUUCAUCGUUGCCGUCGACUGCGACUCCGACCACAACAGAAUCGACCACUUCAUCGUCGCCGUCGACUGCGACCCCGACCGCAACAGAAGCGACCACUUCAUCGUCGCCGUCGACUGCGACCCCGACCACAACAGAAUCGACCACUUCAUCGUCGCCGUCGACUGCGACCCCGACCACAACAGAAGCGACCACUUCAUCGUCGCCGUCGACUGCGACCCCGACCACAACAGAAUCGACCACUUCAUCGUCGCCGUCGACUGUGACCCCGACCACAACAGAAUCGACCACUUCAUCGUCGCCGUCGACUGUGACUUCGACCACAAGAGAAUCGACCACUUCAUCGUCGCCGUCGACUGCGAUCCCGACCACAAGAGAAUCGACCAUUUCAUCGUCGCCGUCGACUGCGACCCCGACCACGGGAGAAUCGACCACUUUAUCAUCGACUACGUUAUCAUCCACUGAAAAAGUGACCGAUCGGACGACGUCCACCAAAAAAUCGAUCACGGCUUCAGAUAAUAGUGCUAAUAAAAUGUCAUAUAAUAUAAUCACUCUAGGAUGGUUUGUGUUAUUUUGGACAAUUGCAGGUAAUAUCUUCAACUUUUAAGCUUGACAUUUUUUGAAAUUAUCAGAAUUUUUGUGUUUUCGUUAUUUUGCGGGUUUUUUUCUAUGUUAU